GCACUCUUGGCGAGCUUCCCGCGAUGAGGUGAUAUAGUCGGUGAGAAAUAUCGUCAAUUCGAGCGGUCGAGCCAGUAUACAGCGUGUGGGCGCAUCGGAGUAGCUACCGGUCCUUGCCAGAUCAAGGGUCUUCGCGGGCCUCGAUUGGUCUGCUUCCUUGUAUACAGCCUGUGGACUGCAUACAGGAACAUCCACUCGGAAGGCGUCCACAGCACAAAGGCCUGCAAACAUAGGCCUUUUUCGAAUAAGAAGCGUCUGAUCCAGGCGAGAUCGUGUGAACUUUGCACGAACUACCUUGUCCGAGAUGACAAUCCUCACUCUGCGAGGAACGGUCCCAAAGUGUAAACCGGAACUAAUCCUUGCUUUUGGCCCAGGGGUUGUACAGGCCACGUAGCCUUGGGCAAGGUUCAAGCGUUCGCAACUUCGCAUGCUGUAGGCGAUGGCCCGACUCUUACUCCGUACCAGGUUCAUCAUGACAGGCCCAAGAUGGUGCCUGCUAGUAGCCGACAAUGCUUGCCACCAAUCAUGAGAUGAUCGACAAUGGCAGCUGGGAGGAUGUUCUGAGCAGAUCGUGCGGUCCUCCGUUCGUCUGCCACCAACAACCGCUCGAUCCGAUACUGUUGCUCGCUCCAUGAUGGAAUGCCCUAUCGACGCCGACCAACAGUUCGGGCCGCGAGUGGACCCGUCUUGUCGCUCCUUCGACUUCACACUGUUAUUCGAGCAAACCAUCUACAUCGUGCUGCCAUGCGGCCUCAUGGUCGCCGCUGCCACGCUCCGGAUCGCUGCUCUGCUGUGGCUAUGGCCAGCCCGUCGACGCCGUGGUCGCGAUGCACCACCAUGGAUCCGCAGCAGACGGCAUACGGUGCUCACGGUCAUCACUCUCGCCGGCUAUGCGGCGCUGGAAUGCGCCGCUCUUGUCCAGGUGGCCACCGCCGAGGCACUCAGAGCAACGACGAUAGCGGCGGUGCCGGCGGCAGCCAUGUCAUGCGGGACAGCGGUCAUGGUGGGCGCGCUGUGGUACGUCGAGCAGCGGGAAUCGGCGCGACCAUCGAUGCUGUUGGGUGCGUGGCUGGCGCUGCAGAUGCUGCUGCGUGCCGUAGUGGUUCGGACACUGUGGCUGGUGACCGAGGACAAGGGCGGCCAUGGUCAUGGUCAUGGUCAUCCUCACGGCGCGCUGGCGGCGACCUCGCUGUCCUCGCUGCUGAUGCAGGCGGUGCUGCUGGUGCUGGAGGAGCGUCGCCCAGGCCCGCAGUCGGGUUUUCUGGCCCGCAGCCUGCUUUCCAGCUUGCUCGGCGUGCUCCGCGCCGGGUGGUUCCGCACCCUCGAUGCUCAUCACGUGCUCUCUGCUACAUCCGCGCAACUGCCUCCGCCGCACCACCACAACAACCACCACCACAACCACAACCAGCAAGACCAUCAUGAUGGUCUGCUGCGCGCCUUCCUGCGCCAACCCUCGGGCAUCAUCCGCUUCACGCUGACCCGCACGCCGCGGCGGUUUCUGCUGGCCGUGCCGCCCCGCCUCGCCCUCACCGCCUUCUCCUUCGCGCAGCCCUUUCUGACCACGGCCCUGGUCGAGUACUUUUCGCGUCCGCGCAAGCCGCGGGAUCAAGGCUGCGGCCUCGUCGGCGCCUGUCUACUCGUGUACGGCUCACUCGCGGUCGCCAAUGGAUGGUCACGUGCCCUCGUGUACCGUUGGGUGGCGGACAGUCGUGCGCUGUACAUUGACCUGAUCUUUCAGAAGCUCAGCAGGCUGGCGCCAUGCGAUGACGGCGUGGAGGCGCUCGCGUUGACGCUGAUGAGCUCCGACGUCCAACGCGUCGUCGUCGCGUCCUCGUUCAUCCAUGAGCUCUGGGCCGCGCCGCUCGAGGCCGGUCUGGCAACAUGGCUGCUCUGGCGGGAGCUGGGCCCGUCGUCCGCCACGGCCUUGGCACUCGCUCUUUUGUGCGCGAUGGCAUCCCUGCUCCUCGGCAAACGCGUUGCAGUCGCUCAGCGGACAUGGCUACAGGCGACAGAGCAGAGAGUUCGGGCCACGCGGAAGCUGUUGGUCUCACUCAAAGCCCUGAAGAUGAUGGCCAUGGAUGCGGCUGCGGCAGCUAGCAUCACCAAUCUGCGCCAGCUCGAGUUUGCCGCCUCGAAGCCCUUUCGAAGCCUGGUGAUAGGCAGCGUCUUUGUGUCCUAUUCCACACUAUCCUUGGCGCCCGUUGUUGCUUUCGGCACGUAUGUUGGAAUCCACGGCGCUGCUUUCGACAAGUCGAAAUUCUUCUCCUCGCUGAUACUCGUCGCUUUGCUUGCGAAUCCGCUGGUGCGCCUGUUCCAGAUUGUUCCGCAUUUUGGCGCAGCCCUGGCCUGCAUUGACCGCCUUCAAGCGUUUCUUCGUCGCCCAGAGUCUGGAGCCGCUAGCCUUGAGAAUGGCAUCUGCUCCUCGUCCCACAAUGGCGAGACUGAGCUGGAAAAAGAAAACCUCUUCCGUGAGCAUUCGCCAUGUCGCUCCAUGAAGGACCCAGACCUUAUCCUUGCAUUUCAAGACGUCGAGCUACGCCGUGACGACCGAGUUCUCCUGAGCAAUAUAAAUUUCCGCGUCUCCAAGGGCCAUCACGUUGUCAUCUGCGGCCCUGUUGGAUCGGGAAAGACGACUCUGAUGAGGCUCUUGUUGGGCGAGCUGUCCCCUUCCAAAGGCUGCGUCAAAUUGGACAGAUCACUUCCGAUUGGCUACUGUGCGCAAUCGCCAUGGCUUGAGAACCUCUCUGUCUAUGAUAACAUCUUCCAACACGUCUCACCAGAUCCAAGCUGGCGAGAUAAGGUCAUCGAUGCUUGCGCUGUUCGGUCCAUCCUCGACGUGCACCAUGCCGGUGGGGUCAUCGGAAGUCGGGGUGCGAAAAUUAGUGGAGGCGAGAAGCAGCGUAUAGCUCUCGCGCGUGCUGUAGCGCUUCGCCCCGCAGUGCUCCUGCUCGACGAUCCAUUGAGCGCUGUUGACCGCGCAGUCUCCGCUUAUGUUAUGGGCCGCCUGCUGGGCAAGAGCGGCCUUCUGCGGCAACUGGAGACGACAGUCGUUCAAGUGACCAACGAUGAUUAUAUCAAACAGUACGCGCAAGAAGUAUUCGAAAUGGACAUGCACGGCUCUAUCCAGCUUAUGCCCGCUGUCUUCCCCCGCGGCUAUUAUGCCGAAGAUGGCGAGCAUGAAAAACUGGAUCAAGUGGACGUACACGAAGUUUCGGUGGAGGGAUCUGUUCACUCGACAUCACAGGCUACCACCCCCGCCCAUGCGGCUAAUCGCGUUAGCGACAUCCAAGCAUAUCGGACAUACUUCGGCUCGAUUGGAUGGCCAGUGUUCGUGGUCUUCUUCGUUUGUGGGGCAUUAUUCGCAUUCACGUUGAAGUUUCCUGAAAUAUGGGCAAAGUGGUGGGCUGAUGGUUCCAAAAUUCAACACCACACAAGAGGUGUCGGAUUUUGGCUUGGUUCUUACGCUGUCUUCAGUUGCCUGCCACUCAUCAUGCUGGCAUCAUGGACAAGCCUUUUGAUGCUCAAAAUGCUCCCCAAAUCAGGCAUUGAAUUCCAUGCGCUGCUGCUGCGGACGGUGCUGGGCGCUCAACUGAGCUACAUGACCAAAACCGACGCCGGGGAUCACCUGAAUCGUUUCAAUCAAGACAUGAUGCUCAUUGAUUCCAGCUUGCCACUCAAUUUACUCAAUACGGUGUCCGGGCUGUGCCUCUGCGUUGGACAGAUCCUUCUCAUCGUUGUACCUGCAACCUAUCUUCUGGCAGCUGUGCCUGUCUUGGUCGCCUUCGUCUCGCUCCUGCAAACCUUUUACCUUCGAACAUCAAAGCAGGUGCGACAUUUGGACCUGCAGUCGAAAGCAGCUUUGCAAACUAGGCUAUCCGAGCUCCACGAAGGUCUUGACACCAUUAGAGCACACGGACUACAGGGCGCCAAGCAUCUCGCUUUCUUGGACAAGCUGGACCAGGCUCAGCGGCCGUUCUACCUCCUGCACAUGCUGCAGACAUGGCUCCAGCUCGUACUGAACAUGAUGGUCGCUGGUCUCUGUACGGCUGUCGUGGGAUUGUCGGUCGGCUUGAGGCAGUCCACGUCUGCUAGUGGAAUCGGCCUCGCCAUGCUCAAUCUUACUACACUGGGCCAAUCUAUGGAAAAUUUGAUAGUCUCAUGGACACAAAUGGAGACUUCACUUGCGGCCAUCGCACGGAUCAAGGGUUUCGAGCUGGACACGCCCCAAGAGCCUCAGGACACCACGACGAACAUGGAGGAUAUAGCACCAGAUUGGCCCAUGACCGGAUCAUUGGACGUCCAUGCGCUAUGGGCAACAUACUCAGCUCAUUGCGACCACAAGCAGGAUUGGGCCUUGCAAAAUGUCUCCAUCUGCGUCGCUGCUGGAGAAAAGGUUGCCAUCUGCGGGCGCAGCGGCUCCGGAAAAUCCACCCUGCUCUUGAGCAUCCUCCGGCUCAUCGAACCUUCGAGCGGUACCAUUGCCAUCGAUGGCGUUGACAUUACUCGUGUUCCCCAGACUUUACUUCGGUCUAGAGUGGUCACUGUUCCGCAGGAGCCCUUUCUGCACGCAGCGGGCACUUUCCGCGCAGUCGUUGACCCUAAUGACAACAUGUCUGAUGCCGCGGUACUCGAAGUGUUACAGGAGUGCGGGCUAUCACGGAAAGUGGAUGCAGCCGGAGGUUUGACGUGCUCACUUUCGGCGCUGACCUUGUCAGCUGGAGAAAUGCAGCUCUUGGUGCUGGCAAGAACGAUGAUACAAGCAGAGAGGACACAAGCAGGUAUCAUUCUACUAGACGAGUCGACAAGCAGCAUCGAUCAUGCCGCUGGUCGCGCGAUGUUGCAAUUGAUUCGGAAGAAACUUGCUCACAAAACCGUGCUUGCUAUCAUGCACAACCUCGAAGCUGCAAUCGAAUUCGAUCGAAUCGUCGUCCUCGAUCGAGGAAAGCUUACGCAUGACGCUAGUCCUGCAGAGGUGAUGCGGGAGUGCGAACUUUUCUCGUCAUUCAAAUGA